UUAUAAAUUUCUACAAUGCAGACUAAUGGAGUCGACUGCGAACGACUAAGAGUGUUUAAAGAAGUGAUCUGUACCCCUUAGAUAGUGAACCAUCGUCCAUACCCAGAAUGCGAAUGAUCUUGAUUCCCUCGUCCCCUCGCUUGCGAGAUAUUUGGUCUUGGUGGCUAUGAUUCCAUUGCUCAAAUUUAAAAGCUUCAGAAUUUACUUAGUCUCACUUGCAGUACGUCGGGGGAGACCCAAGACAUUAUGGCAUAGUAUGCCCAUGCGUAGGGGAUGGGUUCGUUGUACAUUAGCGAGGUCCUACUACUCCCUCUCUUAUUUCUAUAUCUCGUUCUAUUAUCCUAAAUUUGAGAUAAUUAAAUUAAGUAUGAACUGUGCAAAGUAUAUAAAUGUGUCAAAAAGAGAAAAAUUUAAUAAUAAAAAAUUUAAACAGAAUGCCAGCCAGAGCCGUAACUAGAAGAUCUCCAGCCACCAAAAAGAAGGCCGCCACCAGAAAAGCAAGCAAGGUCGUCAAGAAGACCAAGAGAGCCGCCACCUCUAAGGCCAAGUCUGCUGCCAAGACCAAGAAGGCCGCCACCAAGAGAGCUCCAUCCAAGAAGGCUACUCCAAAGAAGACCCCAACUAAGAAGGCCGCUAAGAAAACUCCAACUAAGAGAAGCGCCAAGAAGUCUGCCCCAAAGAGGUCCACCUCCAAGAAGACCACCAAGAAGGCUCCAGCCAAGAAGUCUGCCACUAAGAAGUCAGCCACCAAGAAGUCAGCCACUAAGAAGACCACCAAGAAAUCCGCCCCAAAGAAAAAGGCUACCGCCAAGAAGCCAUCUACUAGAAAAUCCUCUGCUAGAAGCAGCGCCAGAAAAGGAGGUAGAAGAUAA